UAGAUGGCGUAGAUGGCUGUUGUUGCCUAACGCCAUGUUGAACGAGCCUGGACGGAGAAGCUUUGUCUCCGUGUGCCUGGUGGCUUCUGCCUGUGCGCGGCGGCUUCUGCCUGUGCCUGGUGGCUUCUGCCUGUGCCCGGCCAAUUUCUCUCUUGCCAUCUUACAAAUCACCUCAUCUACCCUUGGAGUAGGCGAAGAAACCACCAAUAUGGGCGCUGAAAGGGUCGAGAUAGGGCCUUCUGGUCGUAAAAUCGUGUACGACGAGAAUGGCAAGCCGUGAGUUCCGUGAUUUGCCUUGUAUUCCGCUUCUUAUUGUAUCUUCUGGUUGCUAACCAUUGGUUUCAAGGUGUCGUUCGUGUAACACUUUGCUUGAUUUCAAGUCCGC